AUGAGUCCUGCAUCAGCACAGUCGUACAUCAUGCUGCUCAGUGUCUGUCUUCUCCUGUAUGUCUUUUCUCUGUCUGGAGGGUUAGAAAGUGGUAUUGUAGGUGGCAAAGAGGUAAAACCUCAUUCCAGACCAUACAUGGCAUCUCUCCAGUAUAGAAGACAACAUACAUGUGGAGGAAUGCUGAUUAGGGAUGAUUAUGUGCUGACUUCAGGUCACUGUUUGAACAAGAACUUAGAAGUUGUUCUGGGAGCACACAAUAUUAGUCAGAACGAGGACAGCCAGCAGACUAUCCAAGUAGACAAGUACAUCAGACAUCCUAAGUAUGAGAACGGUCGCUUUAUCUAUGAUAUCAUGUUACUAAAGUUGAAGACCAAAGCUGUGCGAAAUGAGUUUGUGGAUUUCAUUGAGCUCCCUAAGAACAAUAAGAAUAUGCCUGCCCAUGUGGAAUGCUCCAUUGCUGGCUGGGGCAUGACAAAACCUGGAGGAAGAGUAUCGGAUGCUCUGCAGGAAGUCGGCCUCAAACUGCAGUUCAGCUUUGAAUGCAAAAACAAGUGGAAGGACCAUUUCAACUCUGAGAAAAUGAUCUGUAGUCUCUCGGAUGGGAAAAGGGCGUUCUGUCAGGGUGAUUCUGGCAGUCCUCUUUUUUGUGACUCUAAACUUAAAGGAAUGGCUGCAUACACAUAUACUGAUGACUGUACAUCCAAGAAGUACCCCGAAGUCUACAUGAAAAUAUCUGCCUUCCUUCCGUGGAUUAAAAAAAAUAUUAAGUGAUUGAAAUAGCAUCAUUUAUGCAUGUAAAUGAUCUAUCAUGUGUAUAA